CCCAUCUGUUCCAGGAAAGAUGGCGGAGCAAACACACCGCGGUGUUCCUCUCAGCACGCUUUCACCAAAGUUCCUGCACACCAACUCCACCAGCCACACCUGGCCUUUCAGCGCCAUAGCUGAGCUCAUAGAUAAUGCCUAUGAUCCAGAUGUCAGCGCCAAGCGGUUUUGGAUUGAUAAAACUGUGGUCAAAGACGAGGUUUGCCUCAGCUUCAUGGAUAAUGGAAAUGGCCUCGACCAUGAAACUAUGCACAAGAUGCUCAGCUUUGGGUACAGCGACAAGAUAGCAUUAAAUGGACUGGAGCCCAUCGGUAUUUAUGGUAACGGCUUCAAGUCCGGAUCCAUGCGUCUCGGCAAAGAUGCCAUUGUGUUCUCCAAGUCGAAGACCGUGUCGUGCAUCGGGAUGCUUUCCCAGACCUACCUGGAGAUGAUUGAUGCCAAGCAAAUAAUUGUGCCUAUUAUUUCUUUUAAAAAUAGGAUUGCAAACACAUUCUCUGUAAAUGAAGAUCAAGAAGCAAGUCUGAGGGACAUCCUGCAAUAUUCUCUUUUCAAGUCUCAAGUGGAGCUUCUCGCUGAGAUUGAUGCCAUCAGUUCGUCCACAGCUAAAACAGGCACCCGGAUCAUCAUCUGGAAUCUCCGCAGGACCUCUACGGGAUCAACAGAGUUUGAUUUUGGGACCGAUCGCUACGAUAUCCGUAUUCCCUCAGAGGUGUAUGAAGAACUAAGUGAUCCGUCUCAGCCUUUAAACAGGGCUACAUCCUACGUUCCUGAGAGUGUGGUUUCACUGCGGGCCUACUGUAGCAUUUUAUACUUGAAGCCUCGUAUGCAGGUCAUGGUGCGGGGUCAAAAAGUGAAGUCUCAGCUCAUCGCUAAAAGCCUCGCUUACAUCAGAAAGGACUACUACAAGCCCAUGUUUCUGGAGAAACGCAUUCCCAUCAUUUUUGGGUACAACACCAAAAGUAAAGACCACUAUGGUAUUAUGAUGUAUCACAAAAACAGGCUCAUUAAAGCAUAUGAACGAGUGGGCUGCCAGCUUAAGGCUAACAAAAAAGGUGUUGGAGUCAUUGGGGUCAUCGAGUGUAACUUCCUGGAUCCUACUCACAACAAGCAGAGCUUCAUCGAGUCUGAUAAAUACAGAAAGACCAUAAACAGCUUGGGGGUUAAACUGGAGGAAUACUGGAAUGAGAUCCGUUACAGAAAGACCAAAGAAGACCCAAACAGCACCGUACCAGUGGAGGACACCAUGAAGCGACCGGAUCAGAACUGGGUGCAGUGCGAUACCUGUUUGCGUUGGCGAAAACUUCCAGAUGGGAUCGACGUCAGCAAGCUGCCGGAUAAAUGGUUCUGCCACAUGAACCCAGAUCCACAGUUUAGGAGCUGCACAGUAGAAGAAGAGCCUGAAGACUCUGAUGAUGAUCAGCCAUCAUACCGGAAGACCUACAAGCUACAAGAGAGGGAAGAGCGGAAGAAACAAGAACAGAGAUUUCAGCAGGGUCAAAUGGAUAUGAGGAAUCAAGAAGAGCAACUUUUUGAUAUGAACACCAUAACUAAGGAGACUGCAGCUUUUAAAAGGCACACCAAUAAGCUGACCCGUCAGCUUCAACAAAAGUCUCCUUCUUCCCCGGUGGGUAACUCGCUACAAGGAGCUACAGUCAAGAAAGAAUCCACUCUACUGGGACCCUCACAAGCUGCCAGCAACUCCUCCAGUAACAGCAGUUUUCCAGUCAUCACCAGUGUGUGCUCACUCUCAGCGGCGUCCCAGAGGGGGAAAAGAGGCACAGUUGCUAUCCAACAAGGCCCGCCAAAACGACCCAGAAUGAACGGCUUCCAGCCAAGCAGCUCUGACACGCCCCCAGCAGGAAACACCAGCCCUGUAUCUGUGCACACCGACAGCAGCGAAACUGAUGACAGCGAUGAUGACCUUGUCAUCUUGGAAAAAGAAAGUACUCCAAAGCCCCAAAAGGCUGCCCGUAAUCUACCUAAAGUCAAGCAAGAGAAAGAGGAUGGGGAAAGUGAAAUCACCGUGCUGCUGGAGUGCACCGAUGACGCUGCCGUGGAGGAGCCCUCUGAGGAAACGGAUCCUGCAGCUGCCAGCUGUCCACCUUCAGGGGUGGCCAGCGCCACCACCCAGACCAAAGCUCCUGAAGUGAAGGAAGAGAAGGAAAAUCUGAAUAAGCCUGAAGGGAAAGACGGUGCAGCCGGUGGGAAAGGUUCUGAUCCGAAUCUGCUCAAGGAAAAAACAAUUAAGCAAGAGAAUGGUGGAGAUGGUGGAAACCAAGGAAAGCAGGCCAUGAGCAACGGGGUAGCACAUAUGGAAAGUGAUGAAGCUGCUGGUCCUUCUUCCUCUUCCCAUCACCAGCUCUCUAAUAUCGAUGAAGUGCAGAAACAGCAAGAUAAGCUCCUGGAGCUGAUGCAUGGCACCGCUCAGGAGAGGGACAGCUUAAAAGAGCAGGUUAAAAAUCUCCGCUCCCAGCUGCAGGAGCUGCAGAGCAGACUGAAACAGCUGUCUCAGGCCAGCGUGAAGAAGGAGUGCUCACACCAAGCCUGCCAGACAGAGGACGAGAGGGACUACAAGUGUCUUUUUGAGAAGGCCAAGCAGAAAAUAAAUGAUCUGAUUAAGGACAAGGAGGCUUUAUUGGCAACUAGAGAGAGCAAAACUACUAUUAAUGCUGGUCAAGAUGAGGAAAAGGACAUUGAGGAGAUUUCGCAUCAAGUCAGCUGUCUGGUCCGGGAACUAGAUCAGAGCAACAAGGAGCGGGAUGAACUGCGCUUGCAGCUGGUUAAUCUGGAGGAGGAGAAGUCGAAUUUGGCGGCUCAGUGUGAGGAGCUCCAGCGUAGCUUACAGCAGCAAAGAGAAAACGUACACGCUCCAGCAGGAUCCUCCACCUCAGACGCCUUUGGAAGCUUGAUCGAACUCCGUCAGAACGUGGGCCGCCUCCUCAUCUCCCGGGUACCAGCUUUGGAUCUGCAGCAGGUGAAUUACGAAUGCACCGUCAUCGAUGAGAUCCUGGAGCAGUAUCUCAUGGGACAGACUACAAAUGACUGAAGAUGACCUGGAAAAUCAUCCGUACUGAGCAAAGGACUUCCACCUGAUUGGGAACAAUCCAGCUCAGUUUUUCUUGAAGCCGAUCUGUUUUCAUUCCAGUUUGGAUCUUAAACGUUUGGACUUGUGAAGAAUUUGUACAAGGAGUCAAACAAAUCUCUGGGAUUUCACUUGUAUUUAUUUGAAGACGGUUACAUUUAGUGAUUUUAACUUAAGGAUGCAAGAAUCUGUUUUGUUUUUUCAUUUUUUAAGAGAAUCUGAGCUUCAUCUGAUGUUUGCUUCAAUGAAUAGUUCCAAAAAUAUUUAUAUUUUACACUCUUUUUUUUUUUUUUUCAGCGUCGCACAGCUGAAUAAAGCCAUCCUUUCUCACUGGCGCAGCAUUAAUCCUAAAGGCCAGAACAAACCGAUUACUUACAACUUUUUAAUCUCUGAUCCGAUUGUUUUCCAUGUCACACUGACUGUGUAAAGAGGGUUAAAAGGUUCAGGAUCUACCUUUGUGAAACAUUGGGAAAAAAAUUAAAUUGGAGACUAAAGUCAUAUGUAAUCAAUCUGUUCAGGUCUUAAUUUAAACUUUGAUUGAAGGUUUUUCUCUUCAAAAACUGAUUUGAUCAAACUGGUUUGUUACCCCAGCUUCAGAGUCUCUGACUUUUCUCGCUCCCUCUACAUUCUAAUGCUUAGAUCUGCUAAAUGUGAAACUGAACUCGACUAAAGCUCUGGCCAAACAUUUCAGGUUAUUUUGUUUUAUCACGUUUUGAACCAACAGUUGAAGUUUCAGUUCAACUGAUGUGCAUCUUGUUUUUCCUGUUUUGUUUUCCCUACCUACCUUAGAGUCCCAUUAAUAGUUUUUAUGGUUUAGAGCUUGUAUAUAAUGAGUUAAAUCUAUUUUUAUACUUCUACAUUGUGUGUUAAUCAUUUGUACUCUGUUUACUGUUAUGGAGAACUUUGGGUUGUUUCAGCAAUAAACCCUGCUGUAGAUUUCUUAAUAUUAUAAAAUAAAGAUGAAUGGAGCAGCUUUUAAGGCUGGUUUUGCUCAACCUGCAACUUGGAGCACUGGUGGAUAAUUCUGAUUGUUCAUUACUAUAAAUAAAUUGAUUUUGAUAUCAUGA